GACUGGGAACUGGGAAAUAGAGGAUCAUUCCCGGGUGAGCUCUAACCCUAGCCGGCCAUGGGCAAGAAGGGCCUCCCUCUUGCCGCCUCCGCCGCCGGCACCGUCCCUGAGGCGCCGGUAUUCCACCCCACCGAGGAGGAGUUCGCCGACCCGCUCGCCUACGUCGCCCGUAUCCGCCCUCUCGCCGAGCCCUACGGCAUCUGCCGCAUCGUCCCGCCGUCCUCAUGGUCGCCGCCUCACGCCCUCGACUUCACCUCUCUUUCUUUCCCCACCAAGAGGCAGCCCAUCCACCGCCUCCUCGCCCGCCCCGCCCCCGCUGACCCCGACACGUUCCUCCUCGACUAUCGCCGCUUCCUCAAGGCUUCCUCCGCACAUCGCCGGGGCCGCAGGAAGGGUCUUCCCAAGUCGCCCGCUCUCUCGGAUGGUCGCCCGGUCGACCUCUGCCGCCUGUUCCAUGCUGUCAAGCGCUUCGGCGGUUACGACGGUGCCUGUGAGGGGAAGCGCUGGGGCGACGUGGCACGCCUCGUUGACGACAAGGCACCCACGCACAUCUCUGAGUGCGCCAAGCAUGUGCUUGCGCAGCUAUAUUACGAGCAUCUCUAUGACUACGAGAAGUUCACCAACAGAUUGGUGUCACAGGAAUUGGAUGGGAGGAAGGGGGAGCAGCCAGAUGUGGGAUCUGAUUAUCAGCCGUCGGUUUCUGGUUCGCAGGAUGAAGAGAGUAACAGUUCUGAUACCAGGGAGCUGGUUGAGGAGUUUUCAGGUGUUAGGAACCGGAAUAGGAGAAAUGCCUUUCGUAAGAAAGCAGGCGAAGGGACAUCUCAUGGUCGUUAUGGAAGUGUUUGUAACAUCACUGGAAAUAGUGCAGCAUCUGCUGGUUCUUGGAAGCGGAAGAGGAGGAAAUUUGAUGCUGCGGUUACUGUGGUUAAUGAUGUGUCUGCUGGUGUUUGGAAGCGGAAAAGGAGGAAGUCUGUUACUGGGGCUACUGUGUUUAAUGAGGCAGCGGAUCAGGUCUGUGAGCAGUGUAGUAGCGGGUUACACGGGGAUGUCAUGCUCCUAUGCGAUCGCUGCGAUAAAGGCUGGCAUCUGUAUUGUCUGUCACCACCGCUCGAGCGGGUGCCUUCAGGGAACUGGUAUUGCUCAGACUGCCUGAACUCUGAUAGAGAUUGUUUCGGAUUUAUCCAUAGGAGGAAGCCCUGCUUGCUUGAGACUUUCCGGCGGUUUGAUGAGAGGUUGAGAAAGAGAUGGUUUGGGCCGAGGAAUCCCAGCCGUGUUCAAGUUGAGAAGCAGUUUUGGGAGAUUGUGGAGGGGAAGGUGGGGGAACUAGAGGUUAUGUAUGGGAGCGACUUGGACACUUCAAUUUAUGGGAGUGGGUUUCCUCGUCCCAGUGAUCCAGUGCCAUCAUCUGUGGACCUAGAGACAUGGCAGAAGUAUUGUUUGAGCCCGUGGAAUCUGAACAAUUUUCCAAAUCUGCCUGGCUCGGUUCUUAGGACAGUGAGGGAUAAAAUUGCUGGUGUAAUGGUCCCGUGGCUCUACAUUGGGAUGCUAUUUUCAUCAUUUUGUUGGCAUGUUGAGGACCACUGUUUCUAUUCAAUAAAUUAUUUACAUUGGGGUGAGCCAAAAUGUUGGUAUGGGGUACCUGGAGCAGAAGCAAAUGCCUUUGAGCAGGUUAUGCGCCAGGUCUUACCUGAUCUGUUUGAUGCACAACCUGACCUGCUUUUUCACCUUGUCACAAUGCUGAAUCCAUCUAUUUUACGAGCAAAUGGUGUUCCAGUUUAUAGCGUGAUGCAGGAACCUGGCAACUUUGUCAUUACUUUUCCCAGGUCAUUCCACGGUGGCUUCAAUUUAGGUUUGAAUUGCGCUGAGGCUGUAAAUUUUGCUCCUGCCGAUUGGUUGCCUCAUGGUGGAAUUGGGGCUGAUUUGUAUCGCUUAUACCGUAAAGCACCUGUUUUGCCACAUGAAGAGCUUCUGUAUGUGGUUGCAAAGAAUGGUGUGGAUGCUGAGUCGCUUCCCCACUUGAAGGGAGAAAUAGAAAGGCUUUUUAUAAAUGAGAGAAGACGCCGAGAGGAGCUAUGGAUUAAUGGGAUCGUCAAAUCUAGGCCAAUGUUGCCAAGGAGUAACCCAAACUUUAUUGGAAGUGAAGAGGACCCUACAUGCAUCAUUUGUCGACAGUAUCUGUAUCUUUCAGCAGUCUCCUGUAACUGCAGAUUGUCUUCUUAUGUUUGCCUUGAGCACUGGAAGCACCUUUGUGAAUGCAGUCCGGAGAAGCAUUGCUUACUUUAUCGGCACACCCUUGCAGACUUGCAUGAUUUAGUUUGCGAUGUCUCUUUGGCUAGCCUUCCAGGGGACAAUGUUAAGCAGAAUACGCACUUGCUAAAUGACGUUUGUGUGCCGUCUAAAAAGGUCAAAGAUUGCUAUAUAUCAUAUGCACAGCUUGCAGAAGAUUGGAUUUCAAAAUCUGAACAUAUUCUCCAGAUGCCAUUCCUGGAUAGGUCUUAUGCCACUGCCUUAGAAGAAGCUGAGCAAUUUCUUUGGGGUGAUCAUGGCAUGGAUUCUGUCCGGAACGUAACACUAAGACUAAAAGAGGCUAUGAACUGGGCCUUGGGUGUUAGAAAAUGUCUCUCCAAAAUUGAGAACUUUCUGAAAGACAGCUGCUCUGAAAAAGUAAAUUAUGUGGAAAUAGAAGAACUAGUUGCUAUGAGAUGUAUCCCAUGCUGUGAGCCUGGUCUUACAAAAUUGCAGGCGUAUGCAGAGAAAGGAAAAAUGUUGAUGGAUGAAGUGAACAUUGCACUAUCAUCUCGCUUAACGGUUGACAAAUUGGAAACAUUAUACUCUAGGAUUUCAGAAUUCCCGGUUAAGCUAACAGAAUCUUCGACCUUAUUUCGGGAGAUAUCUUCAGCAAAGUCCUGGUUGAAGAAAGCAAGUGAUUGCCUUGAACAGAAUAAACUGGGCACCAUAGACAUAGAUGUCCUCAAUAAACUGAAAUUGGAGACAAUACAACUUCGAGUUCUACUCCCAGAGAUUGAUCUUAUUUUGAAGCUGUGGAAAGAUGCUGAAUCAUGGCAAUUGCGUUGUCAAUUAUAUCUCCAAGACUUGCCUGGUCUUAAGGAGCUAGAAGGUUUCCUCCUUGCUGCGGAUGGUGCCAAGUUUAGCAUUCCAGAGCUGAACCUUCUUAAGCAACAUUACUCGAAUGGUUGCUCUUGGGUGAAUCGUGCUAAGAACAUGCUCGGAAAACUUCAUGCAAGGAGUGACUAUCACAAUGUUGUUGAUGAGUUGAUAAGCAUUUUGAAGGACGUAGAAAUUCUGGGAGUAAAAGGCAUGCUGUUUGAUGAAUUGCCGAUUAUUGAAAGAGAACUAAAGAGGUCCUUAUGUAGGAAGCAAGCAUCUGAGGCACUUGCAACAGUAAUGUCAUUGGAGGUGGUUGAAGAAGUUUUGAAAGAAGCUUCCAUACUAACUAUUGAAGAGGAACAACCAUUUCUUGAUCUGUCUCGGAUGCUCAAAGAGGCCACCGCUUGGGAAGAGAAGGCUAGACUUAUUCUUGAGCAAUCCGCUUCUCUCUCUGAGUAUGAAGACCAUAUGCGGUGUUCAGAGGAUAUAAGAGUUAUACUUCCGUCUGAACUGCGUUUGAAAGCAGAGAUUGAUAAUGCUAAGUUGUGGGUAGAUAAAUGUCAGUCCUAUUUGAGACCUAGGUGCAAUAAACUUGCAUUUGGAGGCAUGCUUAAAGUUGAGGAUAUCAAGGAAUUAAUCAAUCAGGCUGCAACUCUGAAAGUCAUUCUUGACACAUCAGCACUUAAUUCUGUUCUCAACAUUGUUGAAAAUUGGGAAGGCAAUUCACUGAGUCUACUAUGCAAUUUGAGAACCUUACUUCAUUUGAAUCAUAUUGGCUACACAGUUGACCCACUUAAAAGAAAUUUAGAGGAGCUGCAAGAUAAAAUGAAUACAGAAAUUGAAAGUGGAUUGUCUCUUGGUUUUGAGUUCAGGGUUCUUGAUGAACUGAAGGAUUCUUUGUUGGUACUAAGAUGGAUAUUGGAUGUACUGUCUCUGUGCUGCGUGAUUCCUUCGUUGCAGGAUGUUGAUAGAUUAAUUGAAGCAGCAGUUCACCUUCCUGGCUCCUUAUCGGAAUGUUCUUUGGUUACAUUGUUGAUGAGGGGAUUAUCUUGUCUAAGAAAAGCACUUACUUUGCUUCCUGAUCCUGAAACAUCUGCAAAAUCCAAACUGGAAGAUGUUGAAAAUAUUUUAGCUGAAUUCAAGGAGAUUGAUGUUCCAUAUCCUAUAAUAACUGCCAAGCUUGAGGAUGCUGUUAACAAGCAUACUUCAUGGACAGAGCAAUGCAAUACCUUCUUCAUGCUGCCUGAUGGUCAGUCUUGGGCUAGGCUGCUAAGUCUGAGAGACAAUGGUCAGUCUAUUGCAUUUCAUUGCCCUGAGAUGGAUAAAGUUUUUGUUGAGGUUAAAAAGGUUGAAGAGUGGCUCAAUCGGUGCCACUGCACACUAUUUCUAGAUGGCGAUAAUAGUUCUUUGCUCUCCAUACUUUCAAAGAUAAGAGGAUCAUUGGAUGAUGUUUGCAUGUUGUAUGCUGAGGAUUGUGUGAAGAAAGGAUUCUGUGCCAUAUGUUCAUGUGACAUGGGAGGUAGUCUGGCCACUAGAUGUGUGACUUGUCAAGACUGGUACCAUGACUCAUGCAUGGAAAACCUGCCCACAUCUACACAAAUGACAAGUGAAUGGAUUUGUCCGUUUUGCUCACUUUUGCAAAGUGAGAAUCUAUUAGAGAACCAAAUACAUGUAAAGAUGUCUAAAGGGAACUGUCCUGCACUUACUUCACUUAAUGAACUCCUUUCUUCUGCAAAGGGUUUCUACGCGGGGAUCGAGGAAAUUAAUUUGCUAGAAGAGAUUGUCCAGAAGGCAUGUAACAUGAAUGCCUAUUUGAUGCAAAUUUUAAAUGAUUCUGACUCUUAUCAUGGAGAAGAUCUUACUGUCAUUUGCAAAUCUCUUCUAGUUGCUCUCAAGGCAACAUCAGCUUCUGGCUUGUAUGAUCACCUUGUCAGUUGCAAAAUUGAGUCGAUGUUGAGCAGAUAUUUGUGGAAGAAACAAAUACAUAAACUCUUGUUUGGUGGUAAAAAGACAUCGAUCAAAGAAGUACUGCGCCUUGAUAAGGAGGGUUCACAUUUAGAAAUAUGUGAUCAAGAUUUCUUCAAGUUGGAGAUUAGCAAAAUAAAGGAAAGCAGUCUGCAGUGGCUGGCCAAAGCAGAGAAGGUUGAAUGUGAUUCUGGUGAGCUUGCACUAGAUCUUGUAUAUGGACUUAUAGCUGAAGGGGAAAACCUCUGUGUAAAUUUUGAGAAGGAACUAAAGUUAUUGAGAGAUCGCAGUGUUCUCUAUUGCAUUUGCCGUAAGCCCUAUGAUAACAGGGCCAUGAUUGCAUGCGAUCAGUGUGAUGAGUGGUACCAUUUUGAUUGCAUCAAUUUGCUUGGACCCCCUCCAGAUACCUUCUUCUGCCCAGCUUGCCAUCCAAAUAAUGGUGAAGAGUCUAUAUCGCUUCCACGCACAGACCAUGAUGAGGACAGAUCAAGCACAGGAGGUGGAUGUCCUCCUCACACUCCCCCAGCAUCUUGCGAUGAACCAGACAGAGUGGUGGAGGCUAACAAGUGUGAGAAACGAGAGAAAUCCCAGAUCAGGGUUGACUUAACAAAAAUCCUGCGCUGCCAUAGCGAAAUUGAUAGCUCAUGGAGGGAGAGCAAAAGGGUUCCGCAUCGAACUGCUAGAAGGCGCAGUAGUUUUGUUGGAUUGUUAUGAUACGCAAAGCGCUGAAUCUGCCAAACCUAGGUCUUUAGCCCCCACAUUGUAGAUUGAUUCUUUUAGUUAGAAGCAAUCAAUCCAUGAGUAGUUGUUGUUGUUGUUGUUGCCCGUUUAAUUUGUUGCUUGCCACUGCCAGGAAUAGCUAGCUAGCUGUAGUAAAAAAAAAAAAGAGUAGAAUCCAGCAUUCAUUCAUUCAUUGCUGCUAACAUUCUUGUUUCUUACUGUAAUUGUCACACAAUUGUAAUGUA